AUGGCGGACGUGGCUACAGACACUCAUCCAAACCCAACACCAACAGCUACUACCACUGAGGCCACGACAGAAGCCCCACAUGUAGUCCACGAGACUCAUGCUUCGUCCAAUUCAGGACCUCCAGCUUCCUCUUCAACUGAGCCAACCACAACAACUACUGCUCCACCUGCUGCUACUGCACCAACUACCACUACUACUACUACUACUACCGCGGCAACGACUACAGCUGCGCCAGCAGCACCAGCAGAGCCACGUAUGGCUCAUGGACUACCAUUGAUCGAUCCCCAGCCACAUCAUGCAGUAAAUGGAGUUUUGAUCGAGCCCUUGCCAAUGCCCUUGACCAUCGUUGAUGGAUUGGAGAACACGGUACUGCGCUACCCACACAAUCUGGCAAUACAGGUGAAGCGUGGUGGCAAGUGGACCAAGUGGACUUGGGCCAAAUACAGGGAGGACAUAUACUCGGCGGCAAAAUCAUUCAUUAAGCUCGGACUUCGCGAGAAGGAGGGCAUCAACAUCAUUGGCUUCAACUCGCCCGAGUGGCAUCUAUCGCAUCUCGGCGCCAUCUUUGCCGGUGGUGUGCCCACGGGCAUCUACUCGACCAGCUCAUCGACACAGUGCGAGUACUUUGUACAGCACUCUGAGGCGGCCUUUGUCUGCGUAGAGAACGAGCAGCAGCUGGCCAAGUACACCUCGAUCAGAGACCGCAUCCCGACAUGUCGCGGCAUCAUCAUUAUGGAACCUACGCCGGUGGCGGCAGGCGCGACCGCGACAGCCCACGGCGAGGGCAUCUACACGUGGGAGCAGUUCAUGGAGCUGGGUCGCUCGGUGCCCGACUCGGAGGUGGACCGCCUCUCCAAGGCCAUCAAGCCCGACGACCUCUGCACACUCAUCUAUACCAGUGGCACGACUGGCAUGCCCAAGGGCUGCAUGAUCACCCAUCGCAACGUGUCCUGGACCGUCCACACCCUUGGCAGCAUGGUGCUUCACCCACAGCGUUGUCAUCGCGAGCGCUUCAUCUCCUACCUCCCGCUCAGCCACAUUGCCGAGCAAGUAGUAACCCUCUACGCGCCCAUGCUCUUUGGUUUCAACGUAUCAUUCGCAGACAGGGAUGCGCUACAGGGUACAUUGCUUGACACAUUGAUGGACGUCAAGCCAACAGUGUUCUUUGGAGUCCCAAGAGUAUGGGAGAAGAUACAGUUGAAGAUCUCGCUGAUGUUGAACCAGGGCGGCUUUGUCAAGAAGAAGUUGCUGAGCUGGGCACGUGGCAAGGGCAUUGCCGGAGGCUACAGCGCUCAGCGCGGCGAGAAGAAGCCCAUGGGCUACGGCUUGGCUCGCUCCCUCGUCUUUAAGAAGGUGCUUGGCAACCUCGGUUUGUCCAACUGCUGGUUCAUGGCGUCGACCGCCGCACCCAUCAGCAAGGACACGCUCGAGUUCUUCAUGUCGCUGGGCAUCACCAUCACUGAGGCCUACGGUAUGUCUGAGUUGACUGGCCCACAGACGAUCGGCUAUCCCAAGGUCAAGACGGGCAGUAUCGGCAAGACCCUGCCCGGUUCGUUCAUCAAGCUCAACGAGGGCGACAACGAGAUCUGCGUCAAGGGACCAAACUGUUUCGCUGGCUACUACAAGAAUCCAGAGGCCACACGCGAGACAAUCGACAGCGACGGCUGGGUGCACACAGGCGACGUUGGAUACAUUGACGAGAGCGGCUACGUCUACAUCACGGACCGCAAGAAGGAGUUGAUCAUCACGGCCGGUGGCGAGAACAUUGCGCCAUCUCUGAUCGAAGGUUACUUGCGCCAGAUUCCCGGUGUCAACAUGGCUAUGGUGGUGGGUGAUCGCCAGAAGUACCUGGUGGUGCUGCUCAACAUUGGAAGCCCAGAGCUUCUCAAGAAGUUGGAGUACGGCCACACGCCACCCGCAUCGCUGGCCGAGGCCAUCACCGACAAGCACUUUAACGAGUACCUCGAGGCCAAGAUCACCGAGGUGAACUCGCGUCUGCCCAACGUGUCCACUGUGAAGAAGUACAAGAUCGUGCCACAGGACUGGACGGACCAGGGCCCCGACGCCGAGCUCACGCCCACCCAGAAGCUCAAGCGCAGGAUCAUCCUGACCAAGUACGACGCGAUGAUUCGCGAGAUGUACGGCGACCAGUAUGCCGAGGGAGCGUUUGUUCAGGCGCCCGCGGCCAGUCUCCAACAGUCAAUGGUGGUUGAGCGACGAACACACUCAAACGAGGCCAUCCCACCAGUCGUUCACUCAUCAGCACCGGUUGCACCUGUGGCUGCGGCAGCAGCAGUGCCAUUGGUCGUGGCGGGAGGUGCAGCGGCUGCGGCCGCAAACCAUCAGCCUGAGCACCAACAACAGGCUCCAGCACCGCAGCAUCAAGAGCAGCACGAGUCGGCGACAGCACCACCAGCAGUCGACAGUCCGGAAGUGGCCAAGGUGAACAUUGUGGAUAACCAGCAGCAAGGCACGCCCCCUCCUCCAUUGGGCGAUGUUGUCGAUGUGGUAAUUGUUGACAAGAACAAGGCGGUGGCGGCACCAGUUGCCGCCCACGAGGCAGUGGCAGCAAAGACUGAUGAUGAAUCCUCUGAUUACACCACAUCGUCCAGCGACACCAGUGACAGUGACUCAUCGACCAGCGAAACAACCGAAGACAAUUCGAUACAGGCCAAAUAG